CCGUAACAGGUCGGGCGAAAACGGGUUAAGAUGUUGCUAAGAGACAGAGAGAGAGAGGGAGGAAACGGUUGAUAUUACAAUGACUCUACUACAUAUGUAGAUAGUUGCAAAUUCCUUGCUUGGCGCAUCAUUGCGAUGAAGUCGUGCCUCCAAUGCUCCAUAUGUGAUAAGCGCGAGGCAGGUAUAUCGAUAAGAAGCACUCGACUCGGGGCCCCCUCCACCUAAGUAGGUAGGCACAUCCUGCAGAGAUAGCGAGCAACGCCAGCUCCAUAAACAAAGACGCACCCCAGAAAUUUCCGCCGCUUUUUUUGCGCGAGCCUCAACCUUGCACUUGCUGCCGUCCACCGGCCAUCGUCGCAUACCGCGAGACCCCAUACCGCCAUGGUGCGAAUCAAGGAACGCUACCUUCUCGUGAAGAUACUAUACCCUAACGAGAUCGGCACCCGCCCCGAUCUGCCCGAUCUUGUCCUCGUAAACCAGCCGACGACCGACCAACUCACCCCGGCCCUCCUCCUCCGAACCAUACGCGCCGAGGUCGCCAGUCUAUUCGGGGACUACGGCGCCGGGGCCAUCGAAGCCGGAAGCUUGACAGUCAAAUAUCACUCCCCCGCCACCUCGACCUUCAUCGUGCGGACUACGAGAUCGACUUACCGCCUCGUGUGGGCUGCCCUCUCUUUUAUGAACUCGGUCCCUGUCAAGAACGGCAAGCCGUGCAUCUUCCGCGUCGUUCACGUGAGCGGCACCAUGCGCAAAGCCGAGGAAGAGGCCAUUCGCCGCGCUCGGAACCUCAUCUUCGCCGCAGAGAACGGCCGAGGCGGCCAGACCGACGACCCUCUCGGCAAUCUAUUCGGACAGCCAACCCGGUCAGAUGACGCUACCGCCACCGACCUGUUAGGUAUUGAGGACGACGAUAGCGAUGCAGAGAUGGGCGAAGUAAGCGACGGUUGAGAGGGCAUCACCUCUUCUUUCGGACUACCUUUAUCCCACUAUCGCCUACAGGCGGCGGCAUUCCGUCGAACUCGUCAUCGUCAUCCGGUAUCAAGCC